AAAGGAAGAAGGGGAAAAUGCAAAGGAAUCCAAGAAAAGGGGCUCUCACCAAAAAGAAAAAAAGAUGCCCUAGGGUUUUACAGUGAGAGCUGAGAAGAGGGAUACUUCCUACUAAUCUCCUCAGAAACCUUAGUUUUCUAUAACUUCCUUUUUUUAAGAAUACCAUCAAUCUCUUUUUUUCUCAACUCUUGCUGUAGUUGUAGAAUGAUGAGUGAAGCAGGAGAAGCAGCAGCAGAUGAUACCCUAGCUUCAAUUCGUACAACAGUAAUGAGAGAUUCAGAAACAUUAGAAGGAACCUCUAGGGUUAUCCGAGGUUACGAUUUUAAUCAAGGUGUUGAUUAUUCAGAGAUGAUUAGAUCAAUGAUUACAACUGGUUUUCAAGCUACUAAUCUUGGUGAAGCAAUUGAAGUUGUUAACGAUAUGUUAGAUUGGAGGCUAUCUGAUGAGCCAUUGGUGGAAGGAGAAGAUUGUAGUGAAGAGGAGAAAGAAUUGAGUUAUAGACAAUCUGUAAGGUGUAAAGUUUUUUUAGGAUUUACGUCUAAUCUUGUUUCAUCUGGCGUUCGAGAGACCAUUCGGUAUCUUGUUGAACAUCACAUGGUUGAUGUAAUUGUUACCACGACUGGUGGCAUAGAAGAGGAUCUUAUUAAAUGUCUUGCACAUACUUAUAAAGGUGAUUUUUCAUUAGAUGGAGCUAUGUUGAGGUCGAAAGGGUUGAAUCGCAUUGGGAACUUGUUGGUGCCUAAUGAUAACUACUGCAAAUUUGAGGACUGGAUAAUUCCAAUUCUUGACAAAAUGCUGGAUGAGCAGAUUGCUGAGAAUAUACUUUGGACACCAUCAAAGCUCAUUGCUCGUCUAGGGAAAGAAAUAAAUCAUCCAAGCUCAUAUCUUUACUGGGCAUACAAGAACAACAUACCAGUAUUCUGCCCAGGCUUGACAGAUGGUUCACUUGGGGAUAUGCUAUACUUCCAUUCAUUCCAUAAACCUGGUUUGAUUAUUGAUGUUGUGCAAGAUAUAAGGGCAAUGAAUGGGGAAGCUGUACAUGCAAAGCCUAGGAAAACAGGCAUGAUAAUUCUUGGAGGAGGUAUUCCAAAGCAUCACAUUUGCAAUGCAAAUAUGAUGCGAAACGGUGCUGAUUAUGCCGUUUUUAUCAAUACGGCUCAGGAGUUUGAUGGCAGUGAUUCUGGAGCUCGUCCUGACGAGGCUGUAUCAUGGGGGAAAAUACGAGGAUCUGCUAAGACUGUCAAAGUACACUGUGACGCAACAAUUGCUUUUCCGUUGCUGGUUGCAGAAACAUUUGCAAAGAAACAGCAGAGGACCCUUGAGGACUGAUGCCUAAUGAGGGGGUUCAAGUAAAGUUUAAUUUGGAUUCCAAUAGCCAACAAAAAAAGUCCUUUUUCUGAACAAAAGUGCAUUUUCUCAUCGGCCCUAACUUACUUUUUCAUGAUUCGAAUCAUUCGAUCCACUAUGUGCCAUUAAAAAAAUUUAAUGAAAAAAAUGAUGCUUAUGCAAAUAUCUUUAAUUAUUACUCGU